AUGUCAAACACUAAUCUACCGGGACAACCAGGAAGAGCUCGUGGUCGUGGACGGGCGAGAGCAUUAGCGGCGGAAAGCGAAUUACCACCGACUGGCGCUGCAGCAGCAACUGCAGCCCAACAAGCUGUCGGUAGUCAAUCGUUAAUUCUUGGUGCAGGUGGUACAGCAACAACAGCCGAAAGACCCGUUCGGCCAGCACCACUUUUAAUGCAGACACCACGAGGUCGUGGUAUUGAACAAAUUCAAAGUGGCAUGGCACAAAUGCGUAUAGGCGAAGGUGGUCGAUCUCGUGGUCGUGGAUUGACAGCUGAAGCCCCAACAAUGGUAUUGAAACCAAUUGGUCUAGAAAAACGAGGCACCAACGGUGAACCAAUUUCGUUGAUUGCCAAUUAUGUUCGUCUAUUAGCAUCGCCACAAUGGACAUUAUUUCAAUAUCAUAUAGAAUUUGUGCCUAAUGAAAUCGAGUCAAGACGGAUGAAACGAGAGUUAUUGGUUCAACAUCGUGGUAUUUUACGUGACGUUGCAUUUGAUGGUCAACAAUUAUUUUCAUUUGAGGACUUUGGUGAAGAAAAAGAAGUAACAUCUCGUCAUCCGGUUAGCGCUCAAGAUAUACGAAUCAUAUUGCGAAAAGUUGGCACAAAUGCCCCUGAGAGUCCACAGUUCUUCCAUUUAGCUAAUUUGGUUGUUAGAAAAUUAUUGGAAAUGGCCGGUUUGAAACUCAUUGGACGAAAUUAUUAUCAGUUCGAUCGAAAAAUCGAACUGCCACAUUAUCGUCUAACAUUGUAUCCUGGCUUUAUAACUAAUGUGAAUAUAUUUGAAGGUCAAUUGAUGAUAAAUGUCGAUUUAUCACAUAAAGUCCUGAAUAAUGUGUCAGUUUAUCAACGAUUGCAAGACAUAUUCAAUCAAACGCAAGGAGAUUAUGUCCGCGCACAAGAUCAGGCAGCUCGAGAAAUGGUGGGACAAAUUGUGAUGACAACGUACAAUAAUCGUACAUAUCGUGUGGAUGAAAUUGCAUGGGAUAAAGAUCCAAAAUUUUUGUUCAAAAAACGAGAUGGAACGGAAAUCCCAUUGACGCAAUAUUAUUUAGAGCGGUAUCAACAUAAAAUCCAAGAUGAAGGACAGCCAUUAUUGAUUAGUCGACCAUCGAAACGUGAUCGUCGAGCAGGUGUUACAGGACCAAUUUUAUUGAUUCCAGAAUUAUGUCGUGAAACAGGCACGUGUAUUUCUGAUGCAAUGAGAAGUGAUUUUGGAUUUAUGAAAGAAUUUGCGAGUCAUACACAUAUCGAUCCAAAUACACGAUAUCUACGUUUACAAGAAUUUAUCGCCGAUUUAAAUGGCAACAUGGAAGCACAAAAAGAAUUAUCCAAAUGGCAAAUUCAAUUGGAUGAAAAUCUUAUCGAAUUUCAGGGACGUAUUCUUGAUCGUGAACAAAUUCAUUAUGCCGAUAAAUCAAUCAAUUAUAAAACAGAAGAAGCCGAUUGGUCGCGUGAUGGACGGUCGUUGAAGCAUAUUAGCGCAAAAAAAUUAAGCAAUUGGAUUGUUCUUUACACUGGCAAAGAUGCAGGAACAACCGAAGGAUUUAUCGAAGCAUUGAAUCAAGUAUGUACACCAUUUGGUAUGCAUUUGGAAUAUCCAGAAAUGAUUCAAUUACAAAAUGAUCGUCCAGAGUCAUAUUUGAAUGCAUUGAACACUAAAGUGCGAAUUAAUACAGAUAUGGUCGUCUGUGUGUUGCCAAAUAAUCGUAAAGAUCGUUAUGAUGCGUUGAAAAAAUAUUUGUGUCUGGAUGUUGGAGUUCCAUCUCAAAUGGUAUUGACAAAAACACUGACAAAACGAAAUCAAUUGAUGUCGGUUGCAACGAAAAUAGGCAUUCAAAUGAAUGCAAAAUUAGGUGGGGAAAUAUGGGGCGUAACGAUUCCCUCAAAAGGGUUAAUGGUAGUCGGUAUGGAUUCUUAUCAUGAAAAACGAGGUCCAAGUGUUGGUGCGUUUGUGGCGUCAAUCAAUCCUGGUUGUACACGAUUUUAUUCACGUGUCAUUUAUCAAAAGACAACUCAAGAAUUAGUUGAUGGAAUUACAUUAUGUCUUCGUGAUUCACUACAAGAAUAUUAUAAAGCGAACAGUACGUUACCAGAUAAAAUAAUUAUUUAUCGUGAUGGUGUUGGUGAUGGUCAGUUGCCAGUCGUGGCUGAACAAGAACUGCCGCAAAUUCUCGAAACAAUGCCAAAAAUAAUGCCAGAUUAUGAUCCCAAAUUGGCAAUGGUGAUCGUUAAAAAACGUGGAACUUCUCGUUUCUUUGCCAAAAACCAUCGUCAAUUGUUUAACCCACCACCAGGCACAAUCAUUGAUCAUACAGUGACAAAUGUUAAUUGGUAUGAUUUCUAUUUGAUUAGCCAAUGUGCACGACAAGGAACAGUAGCACCAACACAUUUUAAUGUCAUUUGGGAUCGAACAUCAUUGAAAGUUGAUCAUAUGCAACGUCUGACACAUAAAAUGUGUCAUAUGUAUUAUAAUUGGCCGGGAACAAUUCGUGUGCCAGCCGUAUGUCAGUAUGCUCAUAAACUAGCAUAUUUGGUUGGUCAAUCAUUACAUCAAGAUUUCAAUCGAAAUUUGUCUGAUAAAUUGUUUUAUUUGUAA